CGACCACCAACCACCACGACCACCACCAAACAACCCACCCACCAACCAACCAUCAUGACGAGCUCAAUCAAGCAACAGCAACAGCAACAACUGAAAGAACAACAGCAUCACAGGAUAGCAUCAGAAGAUGAUGAAGAAGAAGAGGAUGAAGAUGAAGAAGAUGAAGAUCUAGAUGAGGAAGAAGACGAUGAUGAUGAUGACCUCUACAUGGACCAACACCAACAACAACUAAACCACCACAACAACCAACAAGCACACAACGAGAGCACUCAGGACGACGAAGCAGAUCGGGCUAGUGACUCCAGCUUCAGUGACUCAGUCUCACUCUCAUCAACACCUAGCAUACCAUGCUCAGACGACAUUGACUUCACGCUCGUCUACGCACUGCACACCUUCCUGGCCACCGUAGACGGUCAAGCGUCUGUCGUCAAAGGCGACAGACUCACAUUACUAGACGACUCAAACUCUUAUUGGUGGCUGAUUCGCGUGCUCAAAACUCAAGCCGUCGGUUAUAUCCCUGCUGAAAAUAUUGAAACUCCAUUCGAACGACUCGCACGACUCAACAAACAUAGGAAUGUCGACCUCUCCUCGGCCACCCCUAUCGAUGUCCAAGCAGGUGCCGCCUCAUCACUGGCCCAGACUCGAUUCUCUCAAAGAAUCCCGAGCGCUGGCGAUCCUGUGCGCUCGAGAUCCCCACAAGAUCGUCGCAAAGGUCCCGGCCCACCACCCAUGAUCGGACCUGGAUACUUCUCACCACCACCCGUCGCACCAGCACCUGGGACUGGUAAAGGUAAGACCGUAGCCUUCACAGCACCGACAUACUUCGAAAAUAGUGGGAACGAAUGGAGUGAUGAGGAGGAUGAUGAAAGUGGGAACGAACAGAUGAUCGAUGGGGAUGAGGUCGCUGACGGGGAUUGGGAUGGAGAAGGUGAAUUUGAGGAGGGCGAAGAAGGCUUUGAAGAUGAAGAGGAAGAGAGCGAGGAGGAAGAUGACGAAGAAGAAGAACAUCUCGAGAGCAACAAUGCCCCUCAACGUCCGGAACGCGCCCCAGUCCUAGACCUAGACCCGGCUCUGAAAUCUAAUCCGACGACGAUCGACUCCCAACGUCAACUGGAAGAACAACUGGCACAAGAACAUAAGCAACAGCAACGUCAGUAUCAACUACAGCAACAGAUCCAACAUCAGGUCGCCUCAGAACAAUCCUUAUCACGUCAGGCUUCAGCUGAAUCAGAAGAAGCUGCCAAGUCACCCAGUGGUUGGACCAGGCUUCGCUUGGCUGCCAGGGCGUCGGCAGACUCUCUACGUGGUGGGCCAGGUAAUUCAAACAAGGAUGACUCGCGUAGCCAACUCGGAAAAGGCUUAUCACCCGUCCAACGUGCUCAACUCGAUACACCUAUAACCAACAAGGAAUCUAUCCCUGAACAGCUGGCCGCCUCUCGAAAUAUCACACAGGCUGCAAGCAAUGCUCCAAAGAAUUCAUCCAACCUCUCCAUUGACAAAAUCGCCUCUACAUCAUCCCUUCAGCUAAUCCCCAAUGCUCUCACUGAAACUAAAAAACUCACCCUGACUCCUGAUAUUGCGCGUGAUACCGCUGAUUAUGGUCUCGAUGCUUAUCAACAGAAUCCUUCUCGUGGCUCUCAUCCCGCUCGUUCACGAUCUACUUCGGCAUCGUCAUCCGAGAGUCCAUUCCGACAAUCCGGUAACAAACAACAAGCUCGGAUCAACGGAGAGCCAUCAUCAGCUUCCCUUGAAGGUCAUUCAACUGACUCUCAUAAUGGAACAACAGAGGACGCUAAAGGUUUCAAACCAAACAGUACCAGGAAGGAAGAGUCUGAUCCUAAGAAGAAGAAAACCGGCGGCCUUUUGAGUGGCUUUUUCGGUCGGAAGAAGGAUAAGAAGUCCAAGAAUGACCCCACGGAUGAGACGAGAUCAUCCUCACUCGAACACGAUCGCAACCGAUCCUCAUCUCCUCUAAGCCCCUCCGAACAUUCCGUUCGAUCCCUGAGUUCUCCUCAACUGGAAGGAUCUCCCAACGGAACUACUCCAAAUCAUCGGGCGACUGCCGAAAAUGACGAUCUAUUUUCAACUGACGCCGCUCUUAGGAAGCAACAAGAGGAAGCUCAAGAGGUCAUGCACCGUCAGUAUGGCAUCUCCAGGGAGAUCAGUGACCCCAAUGCUACUCAUCACUCCCAACAACAGAAAAAGCCAAGUUAUCCUCCAAUCAAUUCCAAUGUCCCAUCGACCAGCCUUGGCUUGCACUCACCAUUUUCCCCCGGUAGCUCCACCGCCUCGAUGGGACUUGUUUACUCGCCUGCAGGUGGAAGGGUUCGUCCAGGUAGUUUAAUUGGUUCUCCUGGAAUAGCCGGGAUGGAUGUACCGAUGUUGAACGUACUUCGAAUCUUUGCUGGUGACAACGUGGAUUGUGAGGCGACUUUCAAGACGGUCCUGCUAAGUGCCCAGACUACCACUCAGGAGUUGAUUACCCAAUCCCUCCAAAGGUUUCACGUUCUCGUCACGGAAGAAGAUCGAUCGAGUUAUUAUCUGACGAUCAAGGACGUCGUUAGUGGUGAAGAAACUGUCUUGGAUGAUCAACAGACACCCCUGAAAUUGUUCGAGUUGAUGAAUGAAUCUUUAGGUCAACAUGCCCUCUAUUUACCUUCAGUCAAACGAUCAUCAGUCGGCUCCAUCUCAUCAAUCAACUCAAAUCUUUCACUCAACCCUGCCAUAUCCCGGCUAGGAAUGAAUGAUUUUAGUGAUGACUCGGCCGUCAAGUUUCACCUCAACCGCUACUCACAUCCUCAUCAUUCCAAUGGUAACUUUGCCCCCAACGGGAUUCCGUCCAGUCGAAAGCCUGAGCGUUCUGGCUCGUUGGCGCCCAUACAAGAGGAUGGCACGAUCUCUGGCCAUCCAGGAGUUAGCCCAAUUGCAAUAACCAACACUUCCGCAGGUCCAUCUUCCUCGACCCAAUACGACCCGCAAAAGCCGAUGAACACCGUCUCUAAUUCAGGCUCGACAGAUUCAAUGUAUUCAGAACAGCUCCCUCUAUCUCCUAACGCCUCCUCUCCACCCUCAGCGACGACGAUCACCUCUUCGCCUUCGUUGAGGUUUGCGAUGCGAGUCCGGAUUCAUUCCAGCGAUCUGCCCGAAGGACUAGUAUUUGAUCCCCAAUCGAACGCGAUCAUUCCGAAGACCGUCCUCAUUGAACGUGGUCAACGUGCAACGCCUCCCACUAAUCCAUCUGCAUCUGCUUCAUCUACCUCGUUCCGGGAAAAAGUGAUCAUCUUCCCACGUAACAUUCAUGUCUCUGAAGCUAUCGAACAUACCCUUGAGGCCUUUGGGAUCGCAGAUGGCGUCGUAGAUGGCGGCGAUGACGUCGAUGAUAAACUCUCCAAGCGCAGGAAUUCUUCCAAGAUCCGCUAUGGCUUAUCUAUGAAAUCUCCCGACUCUCCAACUGAAGUGCCGGUUAAUCUGAUCUCGAAGGUGUUAGAUGCUUAUAGCGUUCCACCCAUAUUCAGACCAGCUGAUCGAACCUCAAAGGAGGUCAGAAGGAGGUCACAAGAGUAUCAUCCGUUUGUCUUGGGUACUCUUCAAGACCUUCAACCAUCUGACCCGAUCUUCAGUCUUAGACGUGCCAUGAUCCAUCAUCCGCCUCGGCGAGAUUAUCCGCGCCAGUCGGCUGGACAGAACGGACUGGCGGGUGCGGUUGCUGAUGAACUGGGUCUACUUCAAGCUAAGAAGAACUCGUCAACCGGCCCCUCUCGCCCUGCGCCCUCGACUGAAAGCUCAUUCAAAACUGCUCGGGAAUCAAUUCACUCAGUCGAGGAAGGUGUAGUUAACACUCCUCCUGUCGCUUCUCCCAACCCAAUUACUGUCCGUUCCACCCAGCGCAAUUCGGAAGAAGGAAUUGAUAUCAACCUGCACAACAAUGCGAUGAUUCGCAGUCGACGGGAUGAUGGUCCCCAACACCAAAGUUAUCGGUACUCGUACAUCGAUCCCAAUGGGGAAGAGUUCGAUAUCAGCUCGCUGAUAGAAAGUGAAUUGAGCAGUGAACAGGGCGGUGAAAUUUCCAAGCAUGCACAUGACAAACAUCAUCGAAAGCACGAAUCCCAAGACAAGACCGCUGCCACGAGGACUAUCAGUCCGUCGACUGAGGAUGGCUACGCCAGCGCCCCUGAGUCGCCUCUCUCCACCGUCAACCGUCUUAGCCCCUCGGUCGUGCGUCAGCUCCAGAACCACGAGACGGACGACGACUCGGCCAUCGAAGCCUUACGGGCGGCUGACCUGACCAUCGACCAGGACCUCCGACUGGCUUCAUCUUCUUCGCUCUAUGGCUCACGCGAUCGGGUCUCCUCUGAGGAUCUUCUCGCAUGGACAGUCAGGAAACAAGCCCCCUCGAUGAACCAACAAUCAGAUCGACCUUCUGAAUCUUCUCAGAAAGCUAAAUCUUCUCCAUUCUUUGCCGAGUCGCUUGACCAUCGUAUCCAGCGACUGCUUUCGAAAGUGAAGCCUUUGACCAACGGGUCUUCAUCGGUUGGCCGAACGAUGAUGGAUCCGGCUGUGGACUCGUCAGUUGUCCAAGUAGAAUCCAGUCCGAAUGGGCCGACAAGGAGUUUACAGAAAGACGGGCCUGAAGAGACUCUGCGCGGCUCGGUGAAUUCGAGCCGAUCGAACUCGACCAACGAGGAUGGCAGUAUCAGUCCAGUGACUCCCUUGACGGCCACCUCACCCACCGGCGAGUCGUCGAAUUACACGCCGAUCUCCUCGGCCACUCGCGGCCGAGGGAUCGACUCGCGGCUCUCGAUGAACCGCGAACAGGGCCAGCUCGAGCUGCGGGGUCAGCCCUCUUCGCUCGGCCAGGGAAUCCCGCCCGCCCAUCGGGCGUGGUUGCCUCUCCUCUUCCCUUCCCUCAACUCCUCCACUGCUUCGGGGACCGAAGGAUCUGAGAACAUGGAUAGUUCGGUCGCUAGCUUGGACGUGCUCAUGAAUCUCAUCCUCCUCUCCGCUUCUUCCUCUGCUUCUUCUACGGCCAACACGCCUUCGUCUUCUUCCUCUUCUCCUUCUUCCUCGUCUACUUCCACAUCCAAUCCUUCCAAUCCGAAACCGACUCUCAAUCGACAACCUUUCAAAUCUUCAAUGGGUUGCCUAUGGAACGAUGAUCCGGCGAUCGCUGGUCUCUUUAAUGAACACUCUUCCUCUUCGACGGCUUCUUUUCCUCUACGAAUCGAUAAACCCUUGGUCGCCUCGUCUGAUCUUCUCUCUCAUCCUCCGCUCCUCUCCUCUGCCGACCAUCUUCCCGGCGGGCUUCCUUCUAACCUUGAUCCUAAUCAACAUGCCGCCUCUCAUCAAGAAUCCUCUUCCUCCUCCUCCUUUAAUCAAGAAACAUCUCAUCGUGACUCUUCUCAUUCGUCUUCUUCCUUAAUUCAUAAUAGUCAUAAUAAUAAUCUUCUGGUUCAUUCCGAUAUUCUUAACUUCUUUAAAGAAAACUCAAAUAGCUUUCAGAACUUGGAGGCUACUAUUGAUCGGAUCUUGUUUGACUCUCUUAAACUUUAAUCUUUUUCCCCUUUUUUGGUUUUCAUGGUUUCUUUUUUUGUUCUUGAAUAGUUUUCUUUUUUGUUUUUGGUGAGG